CAGAGGGCGCUGGCAGCGGGCGGCCCCCCGCAGCCUUAUCAGCGCGCCGCAGCCCGGCCCCGACCCGGGCGGCCGCCGCGGGGGUCCCGGCCCCCGGCCCAUGGGCGGUGGAGGCGGCGGCGGCGGCCGUGAGGCGCCUCCUCCCGCCGCAGCGGCACCGGCACCGCACCGAGCGCGGCCGGGCCGGCAGCGCCAUGUCGGGCUACGCGCCGCGCCUGCCCUGGCUGCUGCCGCUGCUGCGCCGGGCGGCGCCGCCCCCGUGGGCUCGGGCCGCCGCCUUCAGCGCCCCGCCGCGCUCCGCCAGCGCCUGCGGGGCUCCCCCCGGGCCGCCGCCACCGCCGCCUCCAUGCCCGCCGGGCCGCCGCCGCCUCCUCCUCCUCGCCCCGCCGCGGGCGGCCGGCGGCGCCCCGCGGCCCCUCAGUACGGAGCCGCGGCGGGGGGCGGCUGCCGGUGCCCCCCCGAGGCUGCCCGCCAGCAGGCUGCUGGCCCUGGCGCGGCCCGAGCGCUGGAGGCUGACAGCUGCUGUUGGCUUUCUGACAGUUUCCAGUGUCAUUACCAUGUCAGCCCCUUUCUUUCUGGGGAAAGUUAUUGACGUUAUUUACACAAAUCCCAGCGAAGACUUCACGGAGAGCCUCUCCAGCCUGUGUGCCUUGCUGAGCGGAAUCUUUUUAUGCGGUGCUGCUGCUAACGCUACUCGUGUCUACCUCAUGCAGACUGCAGGACAAAGAAUUGUGAAACGUUUGCGAACAACCUUGUUCUCCUCUAUUCUGAAGCAAGAAACUGCUUUCUUUGACAAGACCAGAACGGGAGAGCUGAUAAACCGCUUAUCUUCAGAUACAGCGCUCCUGGGCCGUUCGCUGACCGAAAACCUUUCCGAUGGGCUCAGAGCAGGAGCUCAGGCAUCUGUGGGGGUUGGAAUGAUGUUUUUUGUGUCUCCUAGCCUUGCUGCAUUUGUUCUGAGCAUUGUGCCACCCCUGGCUGUCGUGGCUGUGAUUUAUGGAAGAUACUUGAGAAAACUUACUAAAAUGACCCAAGAUUCUCUUGCAGAAGCAACACAGUUAGCUGAAGAGCGUAUUGGAAACAUACGAACAGUUCGAGCCUUUGGGCAAGAAAUGGCUGAAAUGGCGAAAUACACCAAUAAAGUUGAUUAUGUGCUGCAGUUGGCUAAAAAAGAGGCACUAGCUCGGGCAGGCUUCUUUGGAGCAACUGGUCUUUCUGGAAACUUAAUUGUCCUCUCAGUCUUGUACAAAGGAGGAUUACUGAUGGGCAAUGCCUACAUGACAGUUGGUGAACUCUCUUCUUUCCUUAUGUAUGCCUUCUGGGUUGGAAUAAGUAUUGGAGGUCUAAGUUCCUUUUAUUCUGAACUAAUGAAAGGAUUAGGUGCUGGUGGACGUCUAUGGGAACUUAUUGAGAGGAAGCCCCAACUUCCAUUUAAUGAGGGAAUCACACUAGGCAAAGCCACAUUCAGAGGCGCUUUGGAGUUCAAGAAUGUAGAGUUUGCAUAUCCGACACGUCCAGAAGCAUCCAUUUUCAAAGAUUUCAGCCUUUCCAUUCCGGCUGGCUCUGUCAUGGCUCUGGUUGGCCCAAGUGGUACAGGGAAAUCGACUAUUGUAUCCCUUCUCCUGAGGCUGUACGAUCCUAUCUCAGGUACUAUCACUGUUGAUGGCUUUGAUAUUCGUCAGUUAAAUCCACUGUGGUUCAGGACAAAGAUUGGAACAGUAAGUCAGGAACCAAUUCUGUUCUCCUGUUCUAUUGCUGAGAAUAUUGCAUAUGGUGCAGAGGAUCCAUCUACAGUGACUGCAGAGGAGAUUCAGAAAGUUGCUGAAAUAGCUAAUGCUGCUAGUUUCAUCAGAGAUUUUCCAAAAGGGUUUGACACUGUAGUUGGAGAAAAAGGCAUUCUACUUUCAGGUGGACAGAAGCAGCGAAUUGCUAUUGCUCGAGCUCUGCUCAAGAAUCCUAAAAUUCUUCUGUUAGAUGAAGCAACAAGUGCUUUGGAUGCUGAAAAUGAAUAUCUAGUGCAAGAAGCUCUGGACCGGCUGAUGGAAGGGAGGACAGUCUUAAUUAUUGCUCACCGGCUGUCUACGAUUCAGAAUGCUGAUUCUGUUGCAGUCCUCGGCCAGGGCAAAAUCCUUGAGUGCGGAAAACAUGAGGAACUGCUUGCAAAUCCAAAUGGACUUUUCAGGAAACUAAUGCAGAAACAAGCAUUUCUUCAGAAUAGUGAUGCUUUUGCAUUAGAUGUACAAUCCAGAGAAAAUAAUCUAUUAAAAGAAAAUGUACGAGAGAAUGUAUGAGUAAUGGAAGCUUACAAACUACAAAGAAUAUAACUUAUGUUUCAGUUAUGUAAAGUAAAUGUUAUAUUUUUCCAAAAUGUACAAAAUAUCCUUUUGAAACUGAAAUAUGUUUAAACUUUUUAUUGAGAGCUUUUUAAUAAUUAUUGUAACUUUUUUAAAUGUCUUAUCACAUUCAGACAAUUUCAGUGUGUAGAUUUUUUGCUUUGUGUGUUACGUUAAUUGAGACCAUAUAGACUCGUUUGUUGUAAUGCACUGUAUGAUUAUGUGCUGCAUUCUCAAGUAAAAUCAGUAUUUUAAGGGGAAUUAAGUGUCAAACAUCAUUUUCAUGUCAUUGUCUCUUCCCUUUUCAAGGAAUUUUUGUUUCAUUUUUUGUUGCUAAUCUUAAAAUGCUGGAAUUCAAAAGUGCAUGUCUCACUGCUCUAUCUCAGAGCAAAUGCUAAGUUGAUUAUGGUCACCAUCUACAGUUAAUAUAGAGAAUUACAAAUGAGAACUCAUUUUUGGAGAGUAUGGAAACCUGAGUUGGAGGAAAGUUAUUAAAAAAAACAACUAGCUGACUUUGUAUAUGAGGACAGAGGCAUUGCAUUUCUUACUGUUUUUAGUUCAUGAUAGGGAAAUCUAAAAUUUGCAUACAUCUUCCUUUCUCUAUUUUCCCAGUUCUUUAGUUUCAUUUCCCUUUCUGAGAUGACGUCCAAAACCAGUUGUUAUAUAUGUAAGUUUUUGUCCUCUUUAAGGCAUGUACAAUUUAGGUUUUAUUGUCACUCUCUCAAUGACAACUGGUAAAAUAGUAGCAUUAUAAAGUAGGCUUCACGUUUCUAAUUUAAGAACUCUAAUGUGCCAUUAUAAUGGCACUUUGUGAAAACACUAAUGAGAUCCUUGCAGUAUAAAAUGAAAAUAAAAUUAAUUCCAGACAAAAUUAUGCCUUCUGAUACAGUCUUACUAGAAGCAGAUAUUGUAUAGAUAUGAUAAAGAUAUGCCAAAAAUACCACUGACCAAACGUUUAAUUUCAGUGUUGACUAACAAUGAUUGCCUUGAUACUGUAUUUAGAGGAGCUUGAACUUUAAUCUCUCUCCUUAUGCAAGUGCAAUGAGCCUUUUUGUUUGUGAGUUUAAACUGUGAGAUUAUGGGGAAUUAAUUGCAGCUGAACUGAAUGAAUGUUUUAUGUCUCUUGAUCAUUAGUUGUUCGGGCAGGUGUUGCAAUCUACCAUAAAGUGAGAAAAGCUACAGAAAAGGUCUUGUUCAAAGAAAGGUGAAUACUUGUUAUAAGAGGUGCAGCGGAUAGCAGACCUUAUAAUAUUCCUUGGACCAAACCAAGAUCUUAUCAAGGUGAGAAAACUUUGCUAGACAAGUACAGAUUAUUAUUUUUCCCACCUACAAUGCAUGUGGCACUGCCUCUGUGUGCACGUGGUGUGCUGUAUACCUCCCUAGCAGUGCCAGGCAGUGAUGGAUGUGGUUGCACUUUGAACUGUAGGAGCUCUGUUAGCUUAAUAAGAAAAUUUGAUCCUUUUGUUGGAGGAAAGGGAGACAACGUGUAAAAAGGAGAGAGAAAUGAAUUAAAGCAUUGUAUUCUGCUUUUGUUAUAAGAGUUUAAUGUUUUCCUGUCUAAGGUGGAAACCAGCGGUGCAUCUCUAACAACCCUGUUGGGUGUUCUUUGUGAAGGACCAUCACCCCACGCUGCUGCCCUGUGCAGCGUGUUCCAUAGGGCAAAAAUGGACCACAUGUCAUAGAAAAGACUUAAUGUGAGAGUAUCUGACUGCAUCAGAAAGCACUAUAAAACAAUCUCUAUUACACUUUGUGACUGCAUUUUUUUGUGAUUGCCUCCUUCGUGUUUUAGUAAUGCUGUGUUUCAUAAAGGUAAUGUGUAAAACA